AUGAUUCUAUCAGCACUAUUAACUUCAGUUGGAAUCAAUCUUGGGCUCUGUCUUCUGUUUUUCACUUUGUAUUCAAUACUGAGAAAGCAGCCUGGUAAUGUUACCGUCUACGGUCCACGGCUUAUUGGAGAAGGGAAAUCUGAGCAGUCAAAUGCAUUCAACCUCGAGAGGCUUUUGCCUACAGCUGGUUGGGUUAAAAGAGCAUUGGAACCUACCAAUGAAGAAAUCCUCUCUAAUCUUGGUUUAGAUGCUUUGGUCUUAACUCGUGUUUUUGUCUUCAGUAUACGAGUGUUUGGCUUUGCUUCUGUGGUUGGGAUCUUUAUCCUUCUUCCAGUGAAUUAUAUGGGUACCGAGUUUGAAGAGUUUUUCGACCUGCCAAAAAAGUCUUUAGAUAACUUCAGCAUUUCUAAUGUCAAUGAUGGUUCAAAUAAGUUGUGGGUUCACUUUUGCGCAAUAUACAUCUUCACGGCAGUUGUUUGCUCUCUACUUUACUAUGAGCAUAAGUACAUUUCAUCAAAGCGGAUUGAUCAUCUUUAUUCAGCUAAGCCUCAACCACAAGAGUUUACGGUUCUUGUUAGUGGCGUCCCUCUUGUGUCUGGAAAUAGUAUAAGUGAAACAGUAGAAAGUUUUUUCAGGGAGUAUCAUUCUUCUACGUAUCUUUCUCACGUAGUUGUUCAUCGGACAGACAAGUUAAAGGUUCUCAUGAAUGAUGCUGAGAAGCUAUACAAGAAACUCACUCGAGUAAAAUCUGGAAGCAUAUCUCGCCAACAGUCAAAGCGGGAGGGGUUUUUAGGGAUGUUUGGGAAGAAAGUUGAUGUGGUUGACCAUUACGAAAAGAAGCUCGAGAAGUUAGAAGAUGACAUGAGAUUGAAACAGUCUUUAUUAGCAGGAGAGGAAGUUCCAGCCGCGUUCGUUUCCUUUAAGACAAGACAUGGUGCUGCAAUAGCAUCAAACAUUCAGCAAGGCAUAGAUCCAACGCAAUGGCUCACUGAGACAGCCCCGGAGCCUCAAGAUGUUCAUUGGCCAUUUUUCACCGCAUCGUUUGUGAGAAGAUGGAUCUCCAAUGUGGUGGUAUUCGUGGCUUUUGUAGCUCUGUUAAUCAUAUACCUUUUGCCUGUUGCAUUGGUUCAAGGUCUUGCUAAUCUUCACCAGUUAGAAACAUGGUUCCCUUUUCUGAAAAGCAUACUAAAUAUGAAAAUUGUGAGUCAAGUGAUUACGGGAUAUCUUCCGAGUCUAAUCUUACAGCUUUUCCUUAUGAUACUACCACCCAUUAUGCUUCUACUUUCCUCAAUGCAAGGAUUCAUUUCUCAUAGCCAGAUUGAGAAAUCUGCAUGUAUCAAGCUCCUAAUCUUUACCGUAUGGAACAGUUUCUUUGCAAAUGUACUGUCUGGAACUGCUCUUUAUCGUGUUAAUGUUUUCCUUGAACCUAAGACUAUUCCCCGUGUGCUUGCUGCAGCUGUGCCAGCACAGGCAUCGUUCUUUAUAUCUUAUGUUGUGACCACUGGAUGGACUGGUUUAUCAUCAGAGAUCUUCCGUUUGGUUCCUCUUCUCUGGAGUUUUAUGACUAAACUUUUCGGCAAGGAAGAUGACAAAGAAUUUGAGGUCCCUCCGACUCCGUUCUGCCAAGAAAUCCCAAGGAUUCUCUUUUUUGGACUUCUUGGUACAACUUACUUCUUCCUUUCGCCAUUGAUACUACCGUUCUUGUUGGUCUACUUUUGUCUUGGAUAUGUCAUCUACCGCAACCAGCUCCUAAACGUAUAUGCGGCUAAGUAUGAAACUGGUGGAAAGUUUUGGCCAAUAGUACACAGCUCCACUAUCUUCUCUUUGAUACUAAUGCACAUCAUUGCAAUCGGAUUAUUCGGGCUAAAAGAGCUUCCACUGGCAUCUUCUUUAACAACUCCCCUCCCGAUUCUCACUUUCCUUUUCAGCAUUUACUGCCAGAGACGGUUCUUACCGAAUUUCAAAUCUUAUCCUACCGAGUGUCUGGUAAACAAAGACAAAGCAGACGAGAGAGACCAGAACAUGUCUGAAUUCUACUCGAAACUCGUGGUCGCUUAUCGAGAUCCUGCGCUUUCCGCUUCGCAGUACUCACGAGACAUCUCACCUUAA